AUGGGUUCUCACCCAGAGCUCAUACACAUCAGUCAAAAGAGUCUCGACCUUCAUUCACCCUCCGCCAGAAGCGAUUUGACUGAUAUCUCGAACUUGAAGGCUGUCGACACAGUUAUGGACGUCCUCCUCGAUUCAGGAAAGUACAGCGACAUGCGCAUUACAUGCCAGGAACAAGCAUGGAAUAUGCAUCGCUCAGUGGUCUGCACUCAUUCGCCUGUAUUUGCAGCCAUGGUUGAUGGAGGGUUCAAGGAAGCUCACAGCGGCGUCAUUGACCUCCCAGACGACAAACCAGACAUCGUGGAGAUGAUGCUUCGCUUCCUCUACCAAGGCGACUACGGUGACACGCGCUAUUCUACCAAACCCGGCGAGGAACUGGUAGAGCUUAACGCGGACGCACUGGUUGUGAAUGUCGAAGUAUAUGUCAUAGCUGACAAGAACAGCAUCCCCGCCCUAAAGGGCCUUGCCCGGCAUAAGUACACAGAGCUUGUGGCAGAGAUAUGGCAGAGAGAUACUUUCAUGGAUAGUGUGGAGAUGGUGUUCCAGAGAACGCUGCCUGGUGAUUCCCUGAGAAAGUUCGUUAUUAAGACGGUGGUGUUGCACAUACAUGCACUAAUCAGCGAGGACUGGUUCGUGGCGAUGCUGGAGGGCCAAGGGGACUUUGCAGUGGAAGUGUUGAGGGGAAUACUGGAGCUGGGUUGAAGUAUUUGGACUGAAGCUUAUGGGGGGGGCCAGUUAGCAAACCCCACAAAGAAAUCUAACAACUAGCGUUGGAAAACCAGGCAAGGGCUAGAUCCGAUGAGUCGUGUUUGAGGUUUGAAUAGGGAAAGGAAAAGUUAGAGUGCAAGGAGAGGUUCAUAUAAAAAGGGAUGCUCGAGCAAAAAGUGAAAAGUGAAGAUGGGGGUUCUUGUUGGAUAGCUAGAGAUCAUUAAUCGAGUUUGUAUCAACUUGGG